UGGUUGAUAAAAAAUAUUUGAAGAUUUCAGUGGUAAUAUAGUUUAACUAAAAUUAGUGAUAAAAUAUUCUAAGAAGUUAUCAUAUCUUAGACGUUCAAGCCUGUGUACCCUUACUAUGAAAAUGGCUGGCUUAGAAUCAAUGGCAAUGGUAGUUGAAGAGGUUAAACCCGUUGAAAAGCCUGUCGAUAGAGAAAAGACUUGCCCACUGCUGCUUCGCGUCUUCUGUUCUACUGGUAGGCACAACUCUACAGGCGAUUACGCUAGAGGUAAUGUGCCACAAAAUGAAUUGCAAAUCUAUACAUGGAUGGAUGCUACGCUUAGAGAGCUCACAGGUCUGGUGAAGGAAGUAAACCCUGAGACUAGGCGUAAAGGCACAUACUUUGAUUUUGCUAUAGUCUACCCAGAUACUAGAUCGCCGACAUAUCGUAUGAGGGAGAUUGGGAUAACAUGUUCAGGCCAACGAGGAGGUGACGAUAAUAAGACACUGUCAUCUGUCAAAUUCCAAAUUGGCAACUAUUUGGACAUCUCUAUUACCCCACCCAACAGACUACCUCCUCCUAUGAGACGUCCACAGCCGUACAUGAAUAAUAGGCCGUACUGAUUAGUAAAGCUCUAUAUUUAUCUAUAGUUAUGGUAUUGACUAAGUUUGAUUGAUAAAGUUCACAAGUUUCUUUUAAAGAUUUGCUAUUUGUUGUAAAUAGCUAAUGUGUGUAUAAGAAAAAUACUGAUUGUGUUGCUUUUACAAUAGAAUACUUUUGAUGUUAAAACAUAAGAUUGUUUUCUUUGUGAUAAAUGACUAUGAAUAAAACAAAA